ACAGACAGAGGGGGUGUUCUGUUUCUGAUCUGAGGACUCUGCUGCAGCUCCUUGAUUGUGUUUCCUUCCUCCCCAGGUGGAGCAGCAGGGCGCUCAGCUGGAGACGUUUCAGCAGAAGAACGUGCUGCUGCAGGAAGAGAACAACGUCCUCAAAGAGACCGUCCACAACUUAGAGAGGCGGCUGGAGGACCUGAAGGUGGAAAACAACGCGAUGUCUCAGUCUCUCUCGUCAAAGGAAGCCGGCGUCCGCAGCGUUCAGCAGCAGCUGGAGGAGAAGACGCUCGAGUGCAGCGUCGUGUCCCGUCAGCUGCAACAAGCUCUGGAUGACGCACAGAGACAGGUUGACGAGAGCAUUCAGAGAGUUCUGACCAAAGAGCGAGCGUCUCAGUCCAAAGCGUUGGACCUGCAGAGCCAGCUGAGCCGAGCCAAGACGGAGCAGAGUCAGCUGCAGAGGAGCAAGGAGGAGAUGGAGCGUCGUUUUAAGACUCAGCUGCAGAACAUGAAGGAACGACUGGAGCAGUCCGACUCGACAAACCGAAGUCUGCAGAAUUAUGUUCAGUUUCUUAAAACCUCGUAUGGAAACGUCUUUGGAGAGUCUUUGCUCACCAGCUGACCGUACACUCCUCCAACAUGAGAAACAUUCAUACAUUCAAAGCAAUGAAGUCGACCCACGUCGUGUUUUUAAAUACCUCUGCUCGUCACUGAAUGAAUAAAAUCCUUUUAAAAGAAAUGAUGACUAAUUUGUUGCAUGAAAUGUAUUUAUAUUGUUUUGAAUAAAUCUCUUUCCUGCGCCA